CCAAGACAUGCACAAAGUCCGUUAGUUACUUCUUCCUCUAUCAGGUGCAAAGUUCAGGGUGUGGAAUUGCAAACACUAUAUAUGCCGCGCAGGUGAUACUCCUGUCUAGUUGUUAGAUUGCCUCACCUGUCAUUUAAAACGAAAAUGGCUUACUGUGGACCGACCUCUUACCGACCUGUGGCCGAAUGGGUGCCAGCCUCCAAUGGAAGUGUUCCACCCAAUGCUAUUGAAGUUGGUUAUGACGGAGGCGAUAUCAUCUAUGUCGGACGAGCUCAUCACCAAGGAGACAACAUCCCUGGAAAGUUGGUCCCUUCGCAUGGAAGCUGCUAUGUUGCAUGGGGUGGAGAAGAACAUGCUUACCAUCAAUAUGAAGUGUUGGUUGCCCCUUACGGAGUGAGUUUGGAGUGGAGAUUCGCUUCUGGAUCAGACCUUCCACCUGGCGCCAUCCAAGGUGGAUCUACUGCUGAUGGAGAGCCUUUGUUCAUUGGACGAGUCAACCACGAGGGUGCCAUGUGCAGUGGCAAAGUUCAUCCCAGCCACGGAGUCUUGUACGUGCCUUAUGGUGGAAAUGAAUGUCCUCAUGAUUCUUAUGAAGUAUUAGUUGCCAGAAGCAUCAAUUUCUAAACACAUUCUUAUGAAACAAAUCUGAAUUGAUAAUGAUGAUUUUAUAAAGGAAAUAAAAUGUCUGCUUUCA